AUGCGGCGGUUUUUAGGCGCGCUUGACGUACUGGGCGCUGGCGCUGCCAGUCUGCGGGCACAGGUGAUGGAGGAGGUACACGCCGGUCAUGUAGGUAUGGUGCGCAUGAAACAGAUUGCACGAUGCUACGUGUGGUGGCCGGGACUGGACGCCGAUCUGGAGCGGCGCGCGCGCUCCUGCGACGCCUGCCGCGCCCAGUUGGACGCGCCGCCGCGCGCCGCCCCGGUGCCAUAUGCCUGGCCCGCCGAACCCUGGGUGAGACUUCAUGCCGAUUUCUUACAUCAUAAUGGUCGAACAUAUUUUCUCCUGAUUGAUGCUCAUUCGAAGUGGCUCGAAGUAUUCUCAAUGACGAGCGGCACGACAGCCGCGCACGUGACGAUCAAGUUGCGGGAGGUCUUCGCAAGGUAUGGGUUACCCAUUCAACUGGUCACUGAUGGCGGCCCACCAUUUACGUCCCACGACUUUGAGGCCUUCUUACAAAAAAAUGGCGUAUUCCACAUUGUCACAGCUCCAUACCACCCGUCAAGCAACGGAGCCGCAGAAAACGCAGUCAAAACUGUUAAAAAGGUACUCAAAAAGGCCACAACCGAAGGUGAGAACAUGGAGACCGCCCUUUUAAAAUUUUUACUGCAGUAUCGCAAUAGCCCGCACAGCAGCACGGCGCGCGAGCCCGCCGUGGCGAUGCUGGGGCGGCGACUGCGCACGCGCCUGGACCUGCUGCGCGCCGGCAGCGCCGCGCCCGCCGCCCGCGUGCAGGCGGCACAGAGCGCACAGCUGCGCCACGCCGGCGGAACCACGCGCGAGCUACAUCAAGGGGAUCAGGUAUUGGUUAGAAAUUAUUCUAAGAAUGGCCCGAAGUGGACAGAGGGCUUAGUAACAGAGCGCACUGGCGCUGUCACAUACAAUGUGAAGGCUGGCGAAAAAGACGGGAGCAGACACAUAGACCAGCUUAUCAAAAGAAAAAUGGUACGUUACUCAUUACCCAGUGACAAUUUAUCUCUUCAUCCCGAGACUUCCCUGCUUUCACCGAGCCAGCAAUAUGAAAUUCACUCCAGACCAGAGUCCCCAGAAUUUAAAGAUGCAGAAGCAUCAUUGGAAAGGGAUGAGUCGAAUAGGGCCCUACUGCCCCCACCGGGCACGCCAGCCCGCGAGCCGGUCGCGAGCACGGAGCAGGCGAGGGCGCUGCGCCCGCGCGCUAAAAUCAAUUAUAAAAUUUAG